AUUAAUUAUUUUUCACUGCAGCAUACCUACUGUCAAUUCAGUAAUAAAGUAGAAUUUUAACCAAUGUUGCUGCUGUGUUAUUGAAUUUGUUCAAAUUUUGCUAGUUAGAGCGAAUUUAUAAAUUAAAUAUUACAGUUCACAUAAAUCAUAACAGUAAAGAUUCUGAAACUCAAAUUUGAUAUAUUUAUAAUAUUCAGCUAAAGUAGCUUACAUGCAGGCUAAUGAUAGAUAUUUAUUAUCUGUAAAAUUACGACAGUUUUAUACCAAGUUUUUGUACCUAUGUAUUUAAUGUUAUUUGAAGGCUACAAUUAAGUAAGUUAACAUUCAAUUAAAUAAGGGCAUUUGGGCAUAGUGACAUUUGCAAAUAAUUCGUUAUGCACUAGUUUUAUGACCUGCCAGCCUUCACAUUGGUUUUAUAAAUUACGUCAUACAAUGGCAAGCCAGGCGCGUUACGGACAUGAUGCCCGCAGUAACAAAUUCAAUCAAUUCGCUCUUGUAACAUCUGCGGUAUAUAUUGAGCUUAUGACUAUGCUAAUUCAACAGUUCCACCGCGGAAGUGAAAGAAGAAGGAUCGAAAUGUUCGCUAAAGCUUUGAUCCUUGCUUUUGCCGUUGGGGCAUCCUACUGUCAGGAGCAUCACUAUGCUCUCAAAACGUUAGUGCGACAUGAAGAACCUAAGGAAUAUGCUCACCACCAGGCUCCGGAGCAUUCGACGCACAAGGAACCAGCCCCCAUCUACGAAGUGCAAUAUCAAACUGUGCCAGAGAGCCAGGAACAGGCCGUGUCAUCACAAGCCAUUCACCAUCAACCUGCUGUUAAUCACGAAAUCCAGUUGACCAGCGCAAAAGAAGCUGAGCCAGCGUACGUCUACGUACAGCAGGAAAAGCAGCCAGUCCAUUUCCAUAAUGGAAUUUCUCUGCAAUCGCUAUACAAGCACGCUGCUGCUGCUCAAAAAGUUCCUGCCACUCAUAAAUACCAAGCUCACCAUGAGCCGUCACACUAUGAGUCGCACUACAGCCACGAAGCUCUAAGCCAUCACCACGCUGGUCAGCACCAUGCUGCUCCUGAGCAUCACGCUCCUUCCCACCACGCAGCCCAUUCCGAGGAAUCCCAUGAAGAGCCUAUCGACUAUUACGCUCACCCUAAGUACCAGUAUGAGUACAAAGUAGAGGACCCGCAUACCGGAGACAGCAAGUUCCAGCAUGAAGUGCGUGACGGAGAUGUCGUGAAGGGUGUCUACAGCUUCCAAGAGGCCGACGGCUCCAUCAGGACUGUGGAAUAUACUUCCGACAAGCAUAACGGAUUCAACGCGGUUGUGAAGCACACGGCGCCGAGUCAUCAUGUGCACACCAAGCAACACCACGAAAACUAAAAUUUAAGCUGUUUUAUUGUUUGUUGUUACAUGUGUAAUUAUAACUUAAUUUAUUAACCUUCCUUUACUACUCUACUAAGUUUUCCUAUUAAUAAAUAUAAGAGAAUAAGGUCAGCUUGAA